AUGAAGUCGUGCCGAAUAAAACCCGUCCUGAACCAAAUUGAAUCUCAUCUUUAUUUCAACAAUCAAAAACUGAAUUUAUUUUGCCAGAAACUUAACAUCCCACUAAUGGCGUUCCAUCCUAUUGGCGAAACGAGAGUAAAAAGGGAUGAUCGUCAUUUGCGCGAUGAUCCUCAGCUCUCCAAGUUGGCUUCACAGCUCGAGACGAGUCCAGUUAAACUUCUUCUCCGAUUUCACAUAGAACGAGGCAUUAUUCCAAUUCCGAAGUCGUCGAAUUCCAUCCACAUUCGCGAGAAUUUCGAGGCCCUUUCAAUGCAGCCGCUAGGAGAAGAAGUCAUGAACAAACUUCUUAGUUUCGACUGUAACUUGCGAUUCUACUCGCACAAAUGGAUUGCCAAGCUUUCAAAAUUCUAUCCUUUUAACGAUGAAGUCUAA